GCGACUGCUCUGAAUAUAAAGCGGUUGCCGCCCAACUUCUACACAAUGAUUCAAGGUGAUAAGCACCGUGAAGAUGAUGAGCAGGACAAAGAUGAGUGCGAGGAUGUCAAGCAGACGAGAAAGGCUUCUGCCUCAGAUGAAAAGAAAUCUAAAAAGAAGCGGUCUAUGAAUGUAUUAGCGGAAAUUGGACAGAACAAUACAGAUGCCAAACGUACUCGCAAGAGUAGUCCUGCACCCAAUAAUUGUUUCUUGAGCCCUGUUGAAAGUGAAGGAGUUGGAAGUCCCUUAAAAGUUAAAGUGAAAAAGCAGAGUUCUCGCACUGGUACAGAAUCAGGAAGUCCUCAGAAGAGUCUUAUUGAGAAGAGUCCUAGUAAGAAGAGUCCUGCUAAAACUUCUAGCUUGAAUGCCAGUCCUGGGAAGGCUAUCACUACUGCCCAGCCUGCUAAUGGAUCUCCACAGCUGUCUAAGCCUACAAUAAUGGAAGAGCCACCAUCAAACACUGUAUCUGAUGAUGACUACGAUAUCUCUAGGACUGCCACUUUGCCACUUUCCAUGACCACGCCAAGAAAACGAAGUGGCUCUGAAAGCUCAGAUAGCUCUGAUUCAUUGUCGGACUCAUCUGAUUCUUCGUCUGGUUCUUCAAGUUCAUCUGCCUCAUCUCAAAAGGUAGAAAGUGAUGCAGCUUCAGCAGGUUUCUCUGAUCUCUCUCGCUCUGACUCUUGUGAUUCAAACAUUGUUCUUAUGAGCCAAGUAGAAAGUUUGAGAGCGGCAUGCAAACUGUCAGAAAAGUCACGUUUGGAAUGCUAUGAACAGUUACAAAAAUUGAAAGAAGAUAUGGCCAAGAUUGAAGAUCGAAUGCGUACACUAGAAAAUGAGAAUCAGACUUUAAAACUUGAAAAUGAACAGUUACGUAAAGAUAAGAUGAAGCAUUCAGUUUCCCGAAACAUUCUCCAAGAUUUUCCAGAAGAGGUAGAUGGGGAAAAGCAACUAAAUGCAGCACUCACCCCUAAGAGCGAAAAGAAAAUCAAAAUGCCAAGAAAUAAAUCUGAUUGGGAUGGCCUGAGCCAAGAUGAAAUUGUCAAGAUUUCUCACGAAGUAAGAGAUGAUUUACUUGGAACAAAGUUGCUGCCCACAAAUUCUUCAGGAAAGAUUUGUCUUGGAGAAAAUGUGGCUAUUUCCAAAGACAAAUGGACUAAAUCCAUUAAACUUCAAUCAAAGAACUCUCUUUUUGUCACUAAACUGAGUCAGGCAGUCUACGGCAGUCAGCAACUCUCUGUGAGAACUGUAGGAACUCCGAAGGAGUCUGACAAGCAACGCGCUACCCCUAAGAAGGUGGACACCGUUGUUGGUGUGUAUAUUCUUCAACUCCUACCCGCUCUCAAUAAGAAUGCCAUUUGAUUAUUUUUCUUAAUUGUAUUUAUUUAUUUACAGCUUGUUUACGUGGUAAAAUUCUGGCCCAGCACCCAGACUUUCCUGAAGUUGAUAAGGCAGCUCUUGCUGCUAAAUCUAUAUUAGCACGAAAGAUGCAAGAUGAGGCCAAAGCCUUGAAAAGUAAGCUACUCAUCUGGCUUAAAACCCUUUGUUUCAUUGUUUAACUCUUGAACUCUCUGUUAAUUUUUAUAUUUAUUUGUUUUGUUGCAGAAGAAGGUGAGUCAAAGCGAAAGAGCAGAUCAAGUGAAGAGCAAGUCAAGAAGAGAGAGAGCAAAGCACACGAUGGGAAGAAGGUAGUGGACAAGAUGAGAGAGAGGGAAGAUGAGAAGGGAGUAGAGAAGAAAGAAAAAGAGGGCAAGAAAGAAAAAGACAGAGUGAAGGUCUCAAAAGAGGCUGAACAGGCUGACAAAGAUAAAAAGAAGAACAGGAAAGAUAAGAAGAAAAAGAAGAACAGCAAGAUUGAAAAAACUAAAGUAUGGCUUGACAGGAACAAGUAAUUGUUUCUACAUUUCUCAUUUGACUGUUAAACUGAAUCUUAACAGCUUUUAAAUUGUAAGCGAGUUUCUUGUUUCUUUUCUUUCCAAUAAUG